GACUCCGGGCCGGUUCAGUCGCCGCCGCCGCCGUUCUUGCCCAGGCGGCCCCGCGGCCGCGCCCCCUCGCCGUCCGUCCCCGAUCGCGGAGCCGCCCGGCAGAGCCGGCUUGGGAGCGGCAGCCAUGUCCAUGGGCCUGGAGAUCACGGGCACGGCGCUGGCCGUGCUGGGCUGGCUAGGCACCAUCGUGUGCUGCGCGCUGCCCAUGUGGCGGGUCACGGCCUUCAUCGGCAGCAGCAUCAUCACCGCGCAGAUCACCUGGGAGGGCCUGUGGAUGAACUGCGUGGUGCAGAGCACCGGCCAGAUGCAGUGCAAGGUGUACGACUCGCUGCUGGCGCUGCCGCAGGACCUGCAGGCAGCCCGCGCGCUCAUCGUGGUGGCCAUCCUGCUGGGCGCCUUCGGGCUCCUCGUGGCGCUCGUGGGCGCGCAGUGCACCAACUGCGUGCAGGACGACACGGCCAAGGCCAAGAUCACCAUCGUGGCGGGCGUGCUGUUCCUGCUGGCCGCGCUGCUCACCCUGGUGCCGGUGUCCUGGUCGGCCAAUACCAUCGUGCAGGACUUCUACAACCCGCUCGUGCCCGAGUCGCAGAAGCGCGAGAUCGGCUCGGGCCUGUACGUGGGCUGGGCGGCGGCGGCCAUGCAGCUGCUGGGCGGCGCGCUGCUCUGCUGCUCGUGCCCCCCGCAGGAGAAGAAGUACGUGCCCGCCAAGAUCCUCUACUCGGCGCCGCGGUCCGCCGCAGGGCCGGGCACGGGCACGGGCACGGGCACCGCCUACGACCGCAAGGACUACGUCUGAGGGGCCACCGCCGACGCGUGCAGGAGCGCCCACCCGUCCAGCCGCCAGCCUGGCAUCGGAAACCGGCCCAGCUCAGACGUCCGGCAGCCCUCUCCCUGGACUGGCAGGGGCCAGCCCGUCGCCCCUUUCCCCAGCUGCCACUCCUCCUCCGCGGGCAGGCAGCGGUGGGACCGCGAAACCAGGGGAGCAGCCCGCAUAGACAAUGAAACCUCCCCCUCUGGAGCGCGGGGUAGGGUGGCCACGCUGCCCCAAAGCCCUUGUGGGGCAGGCCCCGGCGGCCCUGGAAGGGGCCACUUGAUAUUCUUCUUCAAUAAAAGCCUUUCGUUUUGCA